CUCCAUACCACCGUGAGAAAAUCCAGGCCAACCUGGCGAGGCUACAUUUCCAGUCCGUGUCCCGGGCCAUGUCUUUCAUGCAAGCAACGUUCUCAGCAGAAUGGGGUUUUCGUCCUGUGUAAAUCUCUCUUCUCUCGUCUCUCUCCUUAUCUCUCUCUCUCUCUGUGCACGCACGGAAAAGCAAACGAUCUGCUGCAGACAAUGUCCAAACCUACCCGCAUGCAAACCCACACACACCCACACACAACCACCCAACUUCUCUUGCCGAUGCCCUUGCCUUUCCCCUCCCCCAUCCCCUCUAGCAAUCAACGCACACACGCAGCCAUUCAGGACUCCCAUGCAAUCAUCGAACCCUUCUCGAACUCCCCUCAAAAUCGCCUUGGCCCUAGCCUGUGCUGCGCCUUUCCAUUCGCCGCUCGUUACGACUCCGCAUGCCUGGAUCAUUGAAUCAUUACCACGUCUCCCCGCCCGUCUGCAUUACUCGAGAGGUCAGGUCGCAUUGGGACAUGCGGAACAGAAACAGAACCAUAUGAGGAACAGAACAAGUGGAGGAUGAUAGAGGAAGAGGCUCCCGGGAUAUUUUCUAGACCUAAUAUCACACACACACACACACACACACACACACACACACACACACACACACACACACACAC